UGUACACUUGUGAGCAUGAACGCGCUUGUUUUUAAAAUGUUCCUACAUGUAAUGAUCUGCUAGAGGGUGUGGGGAGCCACAGACCCGUCCACCAGGGCAUGAAGCAGGUAUGGAGGAGCUCAAAACUCCAGACCAACACAAGGAGACCAAGGAAGACCAACAGAGGGGCAGUCCUCUUCACUCUCUGUUGCACAUUUAAAGCGAUCUUGGGAAGUGGCCAAAUCCUCAUGUGACACAAGUGGGCUUUUAUGUCCAUGGGAUACUCUGACCGCAGAGCGAAGAAUGACAUGAGUUGUGAACAAAUUUAUUCGUAGGAUGUUACAGCUCUAAAGAUUUGAAACUGUAAAAGUCAUGCCUCUCUUGGAAUUUUUAGCUGGGAGCAUUUCAGGUGCACUGGGAAUUGCAGUAGGACAUCCGUUAGACACUGUGAAGGUACGUCUCCAAGCCCAGUCUGUGUAUAACGGGAUAUUUCACUGUGUGAUUAAAACAUACUCUCAUGAAGGGCUCCAUGGAUUCUUUAAGGGCAUGGCAUUUCCUGUGCUGACCACUGGCAUCACCAACUCCGUUGUCUUUGGCUGUUACAGUAAUGCUUUAGGUUACCUCACUAAGUCUCAGCGCAGUCGAGGCAAACCGGCCUCUGCUGCACAGGUCUUCACUGCUGGCUGCUUCUCAGGCCUGGUGCAGGUGUCGGUUUCUGCACCCAUUGACCUGGUCAAGGUGCGUCUUCAGGGUCAAUCGACGUCAACACGAUAUCGCGGACCCGUGCACUGCGUCGCUGUCAUCGUGAGGGAGGAGGGGCUCAGGGGUCUGUACAGAGGAGGCCUGGCCCUCACUCUGAGGGACGUCCCCUGCUAUGGGCUCUACUUCUUACCUUACGAGGUCACUCGUAAGGUUCUCACUCAAGAUGGCAAAGAGCCAGGCACCUUUGCGAUAUUGGUGGCAGGUGGAUUCGCAGGUGUGGUGACCUGGUCCUUCGCCACGCCCAUGGACGUCGUGAAAGCUCGGCUCCAGAUGUCGGGGGCCGGCGGGCGGGAGUACGGCGGCGUCCUGCACUGCAUGAGAGUGAGCGUGAGGGAAGAAGGAGUGAGGGUGUUUUUCAAAGGUCUCCUGCUGAACAGCCUGAGAGCAUUUCCGGUCAACGCUGUCACAUUCCUCAGCUACGAGAGCCUGAUGAAGAUUUUUUAUCCACCACGAGCCAGUCACUCUUCACAGUAAAGGGAUGGAGACACUGACUUCAAGGAUAAAAUAUCUUUGAGACGAUUUCAGUAUAAAGAGUGUUCUCAGUUACUAAAUGCUGUUUUUAAACUGCCUGUAGAAUAAGUCAAAGCAUCAGAAACCUGGGACCACUUUAAAUUCAACCUACUGGUGAGGAAAGAUUAGCUGCUGCCAGUGAGCCUCCUGCUACACGAGUAUACACACUUUAGAUCAAAACUGCUACAGUCAACAUUUCUGCAUUAACAGCAUAUCACAAUAAAAGUGAUGACUUGAAAUGACUCCAUAAAAAAAGACCUUUUGAGUUUGUUUUUUGGGUGAGUGACAGAUGUUGUAUAAAACGUUGAGUCCACAAGUACAGUGCUUCAAGGAUUGGCCCGAGAGCAGAAAAGGCUAUGGCAAGAAAAGUAAAUAUUGGCCAGGAAAGAUUUAAUUAUUACUUUAGGAGACGAUGCUUUAGUGCUCUGUCAACAUAUUUCUCAGUGUUAAAAUAACUCUAUCAAGAAGAAAUCUUGUGCACACGUGCAAAAAGUGGAUACACUUUACAUACCGGAAACAUAUCGAUUGGGCAACGAGCUGGAAACUCUAAGGGAUUUUGCUCCAGAUUGAUGUGAUGGCAUCAUGCACCUGCACAUCCCUGAUUUCAAUCUCCCGUUUCCCCACAUCUCAAAGGUGCUCUGUUGGAUUGAGAUCUGGUAACUAUGGAGACCAUUUAAGUGCAGUGAACUCAUCAUCGUGUUUAAGAAACCAGUUUGAGACUGUGAUAUUGCUUUAUCCUGCUGGAAGCAACCAUCAAAAGAAGGGUACGCUGUGGUCAUAAAGGGAUGGAGAUGGUCAGCAAUACUCAAGCUUCUGUGUUCAUGCCUAAUUCUGGAUCUGUCAUCCGAAUGUUGCAGUAAUCUCAGCAAUGUUUUUCCAGUUUUCUAACGUCCAGAUUUGGUGAGCAAGUGCAAAUUGUAGCCAGGAGUGACCCCAACUAUGGUCUUCUGCUUCUGUAGCCCAUCUACUUCAAAGUUAGACCUGUUGUGCAUUCAAAGAUGCUGUUCUGCAUACAUUGGUUUUAAAUUAUUAGAGUUACUGCAGCCUGCCUAUCCACUCAAAG